AGUAUUGUUGAAUUCGUCGCGCGAAUGAUAUUUAACUGAAGUAAAAUGUUUGUUUGAAAACUCUGUGCUGUAAUAAUGAAUUCUAAUAAUAAAAUUGUGUUUUUAGUGAUAGUUAUAAGUGAUUUAGUCAUCAUAUCAUUCGCCAAUAACUUCUACUCAAAACCGCAUAUUCUUAGUAAAGAAGUUGAAGAUAUUAUCGAACCAAAUACGAAUUACACAAUUUUUUGCCAAGGAAACAGACCACUUAAUUGGACAAUUCCUUCGAUAGAAGAGGAUGGAGAUGUCAAAUCAUGGACAUCGUUUAAAACGGAGGACGAAGUUCCAAACAAUAAACAGUUCAAAUACGGACUCCGGUUGUAUAUAACGAAUAUGUCUUAUUCAUUCGUAGGUUUUUACAAUUGUCAUUUCAACGACGCUGAAAAUAUCAGUGACAUUAACAAUACAAAUGAUAGAAUAUAUUUAUUCGUUGACGAUCAUGAUCAUUUGGCAGUUGACAAUAAUAAUUUCAAUUACGUUUACGUGAGAAAAGGUGAUACCGCUGUUAUACCAUGUCGACCAACUUCACCUGACGUUAAAGUCAAACUUGUCACAGUUGAUUCGGAAUACGGAGAAGUACCAUUAAAUGUCCUUGGAGAAGGAGAUAACACUAUUUAUAGAUAUCAUCCUUUUUACGGCAUUUUCACGAACGAUACAAACAACGAAAAGGAAACUUUAUUUCGCUGUGAUUACUUCAAGGGGAAUUUGAAAAAACAAGUGAUGGUAUUUUUAACUAUUGAAACUGCAACGUCCUAUCUUCCAACUCCCAAUAUUGCUGAUGAAAGUAAAGGUCAUACAGUUGUGGGUGGUGAUAUAAAGUUAAAUUGUAGUCUACGAUAUACUAAAAGUAGUGUUCAGUUUUCCUGGACAACACCCACUGGACCAUUUGAUCCAAAUAGAAUGAUUCAUAGAGACUCACCAAAUGAUUCGAUAUUAAUAGUUCGUAACGUCACAUUGGAUGACAUGGGAGUUUAUGCUUGCACUGUCUCGGAUCAUCAAGGUCACGUGCAUUCCGAAAACAUCACACUUAAUAUUUUUGAUCGAGGUGAGCAUGAAAUCAUAAUGAGAAACAUAGAUAACGAUUACUAUCAGGAAGCGAUAGCUGGAGAUUCCUACGUAGAAAUAAAAGCAGAUGUUUGGGGUCACCCACAACCUAAUUUCACUUGGCUCGAUAACAUGAAUCACACCAUUCCAUUAGGAAAAGGAAAAAAAUAUGAAGUUAUAUACGCCCAACCAAUAUAUGGUAGCAUCAAGAAGCAAGAAAAUAUAACUUUGAAAAUUAAUAAUAUCGAUAUUAAAGAUUUCGGGAAUUACACUUUAGUUGGAAGGAACGGAUAUACAGAGGAAACUCUCACGUUUUUUGUGAAUGUGACUGAUAAACCUUCAGUAAUAAUAAGGACAGAUCCAUUCCAUCUAGUAGGUGAAGAAAGUAUAGUACAAUGUAUUGCUGCUGGGAAUCCUACUCCCCAAUUCCGUUGGGAAUAUAAACCUUGUCUAAGACCAGAAUGUAAAUACAUAACCAUGGAUGGUGAAAUAAUAGAACGUGAAGGUUUUCGAAUAACUUCUGAAAUAAAAAUUAACACAACUGAGGCAGGUCUCGUGAAAUGUAUCGUGAGCAAUGCCGUGGGCUCUGAAGUAGAUGUCGCUGCUUAUCAUGUUUCGGACGUUCCUGGUGGGUUCGCCAUAACUGGAUUUGCAGAUACAGCAAUUGUUGAUCCCAAUCUAGGGACAGCUUCUUAUGCCUUAGGUGAAAAUGUUUCUAUCAAGUGUUCAGCUGCUGCAUCAAAUUACAGUCAAGUCACUUGGUUACUUGGCUCAAAUCAAGUCCAAUCAAAUAAGAGAAUUAAAUUGGAUGUAGUCAGAACGAUUUAUUCCAACAGUACAAUAUUAACAAUUAUUAAUAGUAAUCGAGAUGAUUCUGGAACUUAUGUUUGUCGAGCAGUUACUCCUAGUGGAAUGGAAGAGACUAGAUCCGUUAAUCUUCAGAUAAAAGAUCCUGUGAAACCUAAAAUUGUCAAAACAAAUAUGGAUGACGAAAUUGUUGAGGAUUUUCCUAAGCCAGUUACAAUACUAUGCCUAGUUGAUGGAUUACCAAAGCCCAAAAUUACAUGGUAUAAGGAUGGUAUCAUUUUCGAGCCAGCUAAAUCUAGGAUGCGUCUUGAAGAAGGCAGACAAGUUCUUGUUUUUAACGAAACAGCUCCCGAAGAUGCUGGAAUAUAUAGAUGUGAAGCUGUCUAUAAAAACGAUCACGACUCCAAAGAAGUUAAACUACGAUUUAGAAAUGCUCCCGGACGUAUGCAAACUUGGUAUCUCUAUAUCAUUGCGUUACUUUUGAUAGCUCUUCUUUUCUUAAUGAUAUACUUGUGCGUGAGAGUGAAAAAAGAAAGGAGACUCAAGAGGGAAAUGCAGCUAUUAGGUUUGGCCAAUUUUGAAAAAGGAGCUGUUGAAAAUAUCAAUCCCGAAUUAGGAAUCGACGACCAAGCAGAACUUUUGCCCUAUGAUAAAAAAUGGGAGUUUCCCAUAGAACGAUUAAAACUAGGUAAGCAGUUAGGUUCAGGAGCAUUUGGGAUAGUAUUGAAAGGAGAAGCUAAGCAUAUCAUCGAUGGCGAACCAAUAACAACAGUUGCAGUGAAAAUGGUGAAGAAAAAUGCAGACAACAGUUAUAUCAAGGCACUAGCAUCCGAAUUGAAAAUUAUGGUUCACCUUGGAAAGCAUCUGAAUGUUGUCAAUCUACUGGGAGCUUGUACAAAAAAUGUCGCAAAAAGAGAAUUACUGGUGAUUGUCGAAUACUGUCGAUUCGGAAAUUUACAAAACUAUUUAUUGAAACAUCGUUACGACUUUAUUAAUCAAAUCGAUCCCCAAACUGGUGAAGUUAACUACCAUAUUGGCCAAGAACUUCUAGACAGAACUUCUUCUAUAUCGAGUAGCAAAAGUAACACAAACUAUUCUUCAAUGAAGUAUGCAACUUUAUCCUUUUCGGAUUCGUCUACUAUUCCAUGCCCUAAUGCCAUGGUUGAUUAUAGAGUUAAUCCUCAUUCAGAAAACACUGAUAUGACGGCGUUAACGCAAGGUGACGAAAGCUUGACACUAAGUAAUAAUAGUACACAACCCGAGUGGCGCUCAAAUUAUAGAGGUGACUACAAAGGAAAUGUCAACCCGAUUAGUACAAAGGACCUUAUAGCCUAUGCCUUCCAAGUUGCCAGUGGCAUGGAAUAUUUGGCUUCACGAAAGGUACUCCAUGGCGAUCUUGCGGCAAGAAAUAUACUUUUAAACGAAGAAAAUAUUGUAAAAAUAUGUGAUUUCGGAUUGGCCAAGACUAUGUACAAAAGUGAUAAUUACAAAAAACGAGGAGAUUGCCCGUUACCAGUGAAAUGGAUGGCUAUAGAAUCUAUAAGAGAUAGAGUAUUUUCCACCCAGUCGGAUUGCUGGUCUUUCGGAAUAGUUCUGUGGGAACUAUUUUCACUUGGAAGAACUCCUUAUCCUGGAAUGGAGGCAGAUGAGAGGCUAUAUCAUAAAUUGGUGGAUGGUUAUAGACUAGAGAGUCCUGAAUAUUGUCCCAAAGAAAUAUAUAAAAUAAUGAGAGAUUGUUGGUCUGCUGAACCAGUUACAAGGCCUUCUUUCACCAAACUAACCGAACGGAUUGGUUCAUUACUUGAAGAUACAGUGAGAAGGCACUACAUUGAUCUCAACGAUCCAUACCUUGCCAUGAACACAAAAAUGUUGGAAGGGCAAAAUGAUUAUCUCUCGAUGUUGAGCCCACCUAGCUCCGAAGUAAUUAUGAGUCCACAGUACGUCAAUGACAAGAAGACACCAUCACCUCUCCCUGAAGAUGGUUAUAUGAGUAUGAAACCAAAUACUAUCUUCAGUCCACGACUUUCUGACGAUGAAGUAUUCGACUUCAAUGUAACAAAUAGGAAGAAUCUGUCAUCAGAUACUGGGAAAGGUCUCGAGAUGUUACCAAUGCUAGGAGCUACAUCAGAAGCAGAUGGUGAAACUCCUGUUAGUAGUCCUAUUGCAGUAUCCAAUCCGAGCUAUCAUAUUCCACCGACGAUAAUUGUCAACGAAAAUAACGACGAAACCGAAAUCGUGAAAUCAUCUGAUAACUAUGUGAAUAUGCCACAAAACAAAAUUGUGAUAAAAGGCAAAACUAUGCAAGAUAGUAAAGUUAAUUCAAAGUGCGAAAAUAAAAAUGGAAUACAUCAUUAUGUGAACGAAAAUGUUCAGGAAUGGAGAAGUAUCAAGAUAUAAAAAUCGAUGUUUUGAAUUUGCAUUCAGGAAUAUUUACAAAAAAAUUGUUUCGAUUUAGGAAUACAGAAUAGACUGAUAGAUUAUUGGACGUUUUGGCCAAAGAACUGGAGAUGUGAUAUCCAUAAUACGAGAAGAAAAAAAUUUCUAUUCGCAUUUGAUUAUACAUUAUAAAAAAAAUGAUUAUGAAACGAUGCUUGUUACUUAAUUUUGUAAUACUAUUGUUUUAAUUAUUAAAGCAGCAUUUAGAUACCUGCUUUUUGGAGUACUUAAAAAGUGAGGCAAGUACUUAUGAUUAAGAAUUAGUAGGUACUGGGAGUAAAAUCGACCCGAGGGCCACUUAAAGAAAUCAAGAUUAACUCGAACUCUUUUAAAUGUAAUAUAUCAAUUUCAAAUUAAAUAUAAAUUGUGAGUAAAAAUAAA